AUGUGCCUGUCUGCGCCGCCCUCCUCGCUCGUCUCGACUUCUUUGACCAGCUUACUGGCCAACCUGCCCUUGCUUACCCACGAGAUCUACAGCGAUCACACCUCGACCAACGACCUCACCGUGACCGCAUAUCCUCAGCUGACUCCCUCCGCCUUGGCUUUCGACUUCGCUGUCAGCGAGGUGAUUUGGCUAGGGGUCCCGGGUCCGUCCUGA